GAACUCAAAACACACGCACAAAUGAAUAUAAAUUUAGAAAUCUUUUGAGGACCCAGAAAAUUAAAUUCAAAAUCAAUUAUAUUGACAUAGCAAGAGGGUAUUCAAUUGAUGAAAACACAAUCAAAUUCAACAUGUCACUCUCUCAGAGCCACUGGCUUUCUCGUUCUCUCCCCAAAUCCCUUUUCUCCAUUCCCAUAACCUAUGCAUCAAUCUCCCCCCAAACCUUCUGCUGCCAUUCAUUACCACUUUCCACCACAGAUGGUGUGAAGCAUGUUUUUGAUGAACCUAAAGUUCAAAUAUUGAAGCACAAAAUGGAACCGCUUGGUAUUACCUUAGAUAACUCUUGUUUUCCUGGGAUCUACCAUAACCUUUUUUGUCCAAAGUGUAAAGGUGGACAGUUAAUGGAGAGGAGUUUGUCUUUUCACAUUAUCACUGAUUGUGAAUUUGCAAUGUGGAGGUGUUUUAGACCCACAUGUGGUUGGGCUGGUCAGGUUUUUGCAGAUGAAAGGGAAAUGGAGAAUAAGCCUUUUGGACAAAUGGAUGAGAAGAGCAUAGGAUUGGAACCACUUGGUCCUGAGCUUGUUGCUUUCUUUAAGGAGAGACUGAUAUCAGAGAAAACCUUAAGCAGAAAUGCUGUAAUGCAACUGUCGGAUGAUAAGAAUGUUAUUGCUUUUACCUAUAAACAAAAUGGGUUGCUUGUUGGUUGUAAGUACAGAGCUAUGGAGAAAAGAUUUUGGCAGAGAAAAGGCACAGCCAAGGUACUUUAUGGACUUGACGAUAUUACUCACGCAACUGAAAUCAUCAUUGUUGAGGGGGAAAUUGAUAAGCUUUCACUUGAAGAGGCUGGCUAUCAAAAUUGUGUUAGUGUUCCCAUCGGCGCACCUGGAAAGGUUUCUUCAAAAGAUUUGCCACCAAUAGAAAAGGAUGCUGCAUAUCAAUACCUGUGGAACUGCAAAGCUUACUUGGAUAAGGCAGUUCGCAUUAUCCUGGCUACUGAUAAUGAUCCACCUGGUCAAGCUUUAGCAGAAGAACUGACCCGGCGCCUCGGACGAGAAAGGUGUUGGCAAGUACGAUGGCCAAAGAAAGAUGAAUCCACCUUCUUCAAAGAUGCAAAUGAGGUUCUCAAAUACAUGGGAGCUGAUGCUUUGAAGAGAGUAGUUGAAAACGCAGAGCCAUAUAGUAGUACUCCAUAAUUUGAUCACCUUAGCUCGAUAGGUGUAUCAUUGGUGCUUUCGUCGAUCAUGAGUACUAUUGAUAUUAUAAACUAUCUUCAAUCCAAACUUGAUGCUCGGGCAGCCAUGUUUAGAAACCUCCUUCAAACCUCACUUGAAUUGCAUUAUGAUUCCAUUCAUACUACGCUGCAUCAACACCUAUUGGAGGUGGACUGAAAAGUGUCCAACAUUUGUAACAGAACACCUACUCUGCCACCACAUUUUGGUCCAUUCACUCGCUCUCUCAAGUUGAAAGUUACUCAUUUGAUGGUUCUAAUGCGACAUAUUGGAUAUUUCAGAUUGAGUUUUUAUUGUUUUUUUUUAAUUUUCACAAAACACCAGUAAUUUCACAUCUACACAUUGUUGUUUUUCACAUGGAUGGUUGCGUUGGUGCAUGGUUUCAAUGGGCAAUCCGUUGUUUUUAGAUGUUCAACAUCCUUGGCCCAUAGUGUAUGAAGAUGUUGAAUGUAACCUUUCCAAGUUUUGUCAUGGGUCUGUAACAGACUUCCACGCCCAAGUUAAGGAUCUUAUGAACAAGGUUAAUGGAACUCAUGAACCUUUACUUAUCAUUUUUUCA